GCUGUUCAAACAUGGCAGCGGCAACGAGUGUUGUCGUGCUCGACAGGGGAAACAACACCACCUGCACUAUCAAUUUACACGGAGCCACCGUGGUGUCCUGGCGGGUGAAUAAUCAGGAACAGCUGUUCGUUAGUAAGCAAGCUGUGUUCGACGGAAAGAAAGCGAUUAGAGGCGGCAUACCGUUCGUUUUCCCGAUAUUUAACGAUCCACGGUUGACCGAUGCGCAUUUACACGAAGAAACGAUGCGCCUUAUCCCCGCAGCACAAUUCGGAUCAUGGACGUUCGGGCCGCCCCACGGCUUCGCCAGGAUCAUACGUUGGAACGUGGAGAAGUCGCCGGAGCGAUUGCCCAGCGGGGACAUCGAGGCGGUAUUCUCGAUAAUGGACAGCGAAUUCACGCGAUCGCUGUGGAACUCACAGUUCAGGCUAACGUACAGGCUAAUACUGCGCGAGAAGGAGCUGCAUUUCAAUAUCGGCGUGUACAACCCGAGCAGAGAAGACACCUUCAGCUUUAAUCUGCUCCUACACACUUACUUCAAGGUACCCGACGUCAGGAGAUGCCAAAUCACGGGACUGCACGGCUGCACGUUCGUCGACAAGACCAGGGAGAACCAAAUCUUCCAAGAAGGCCGCGACGUCGUGACGGUGUGCGAAUGGACCGACCGGAUCUACCAGAACACGCAGCCGGAGCAUAUCAUCACGAAUGUCGUUUCCGGUAGGAAGAUGCGCGUGCAAAAGUACAACUUUCCCGACACGGUCGUUUGGAAUCCCUGGCAGGAGAAGGCGCGCGACAUCCCGGACUUCGGCGACGACGAAUUUCCCAACAUGAUAUGCGUCGAGAGCGGCCACGUCAGUAGUCCGGUUAUACUGCUGCCAGGAACGGCCUUUGAGGCGAGCCAGAUAUUACAGAUAAAAUUUCUUACUAACGAUUCCACCUACGGAUGGAUUUGAUCGAUUAUCAGGCUUUAAUUCAUUCUGCUUGUGGCGUGCUUGCAAUUAAUUGUGUGACGAUCGCUCUACGCGAAAUAGCUACUAAUAGAGAAUGAUAAAAAACAUUGGAUCAAAAUCUUUUUUUGCAUUUUAUUCUCAUGAAUCGUUAUUCGAUUGCAAAAGAUUUCUGGCUUUUUAUAGGUAAGAUUUCAAUUGGCAAGACAGUUAUUGAAAGAUCUUAUGCGAAACGAGAAUAAGAUUUAUUCUUAUGCUCUUAUUCCGAAAAUAUAUUUCUGUGAAAUUUAUUAUUAAAGUGAAGAAUUUAUCAAUACUUAUGUAU